UCUCUCUCUCUCUCUCUCUCUCUCUCUCUCCAUCCUCUCCUAAAGCCCUUUACUUUGCGCAUGUACGGCUAAACUGAACAUUUCAUCGACUCCAAGAUGGCGUUAACACCGCUGGCUUGCGUUCUGCUUCUCCUUUCCAUGCAAUGCUACAUCAGCACCUUGGCAGUCAUCCUCAAGACGACGAAUGCUAAACCAUGGGUCAAUGAGUUUGAAUCGAUCGAGCUGUCCUGCAUGAUAGAGUCAAUCACCACUUCUAAUCCAAGAAUAGAAUGGAAGAAGAUUAAGAAAGGAGAGCCAAGUUAUGUAUAUUUUGAAAAAGAAAUAGCAGGUGACUUGGAAAAGAGAGCAAGAAUUCGAGAACCUGCGUCCUUAUUCAUUCUCAACGCAACAAGAGCCGACACUGCUGAUUACCGCUGUGAAGUCACUGCCCCAAACGACCAGAAAUCCUUUGAUGAGAUUUUGAUCUCACUCACUGUAAGAGUGAAGCCCGUUGUGCCCAGAUGCUCUGUACCCAAGUCCGUCCCGGUAGGCAAACCGGCAGAGCUGCAUUGCUUGGAGGACGAGGGCUACCCAAAGUCCCAAUACCAGUGGUUUCGCAACAAGGAGGAAAUCCCAGACGAUCCCAAGAGCAGCCCAAAGUUCUUCAACUCCACCUACACCUUGAGCGGAGAGACUGGCACUCUGAAAUUCAAUGCGGUCAGGAAGGAGGAUGCUGGAGAAUACUACUGCAGAGCCAGGAAUGAGGCUGGGUUCUCUGAAUGUGGAGCGCAGAUGAUGGAAGUUUAUGACAUCAACAUAGCUGGAAUCAUCCUGGGCGUAGUGAUUGUGGUGACGGUGCUUCUGUGUAUAACAGUGGGCAUCUUCUGUGCCUAUAAACGAGGCUACUUCACCAGCCAGAAGCAGACGGGAAACAAUUACAAAGCUCCCGCAAAAGGAGAUGGAGUGGACUAUGUCAGAACAGAGGAUGAGGGGGAUUUCCGACACAAAUCCUCGUUUGUCAUCUGAGAGGAGGAAGACGGGUGAUGGAGGAGAUGUGGAAUUUCGUUUGAAAGUUAUUAUUGGCGCUAUUAUACCUCGCAGACACAAAUCCCCAAAUGAGGACAUCGACGUCGGAGCUGCCAUUGUACGUGCCUCGCUUUACGGCACGUCUGCAACAACACAAUUUGUAUUUGCCAAAGGUGAAAAAAUAAUCAUGUCUGAUCACUGUUUAAAGACACUAUAUGUCACUUGUUAUUUGUUUAAUUCAACUUUUACAGCCCCUUUUUACUAAAAUUUCACCUACUGUAUUGUCCAAUUUCAGUAGAACCAGACAUAUAGCAAGAAAACGUUUUCCUCGAAUCUUCUGUCUUUUUAAAACAUUUAUUUUGUACUAGGUAAAUUUGUCAGACUAUUUUUGAUGGAAUAUAUUUUAAAAUGCCUACAAAUAAAAAAUACAAGAAUUACUUUUUUUAAAUAUUUGUAAAAUACUAACCUGGAAGCCAGUACUUAUUCUUUUUAAUUUGGUUAUGAAAGAAACCAUUUCCACCAACAUCCCAAACUCUGUUUUAGUCAUUCAACAAAAAAAGUAAUGUACAAGACCACUCGAUGUGUGGAUGUUUUGUUUUCCGUUCAGUUUUUAAAUCCUUUCAAUGGUAUAUCCAGCGACACCGGCUUCAAUCAAAGGUCUUAUGUACUUACUAUACUGCUGGGAUUUCAUGUUAAUCGUGAAAGGACGUUCCAUGUUCAUGUUUGUAGAUAGUCUUAGACAGUGAGUAUCUUCAGAAUAUUUUGAAAGACCAGGGCUGCGUAUCCUUGAUUUUAAGUGUCCUUCUAUGCUAGCUGUUUAUCUUGUAUAUAGUGAAUAUACUGUCUAGGUUGUUUAUUUUUUAUUAUAAUUUUUUCUUCUAUUUUUCUCGCUCCACAUUUGAGUGAGAAACGCUCUCUGUGUUACUUUUUAACUUAACAGGGUUUGUUUGUUGGCUAACUGUACUGGUUGUAAAUAGAUCCACUGUGAGCUACACUGUGCAUAAGAAGUUUCUGGUUUAACCAAACGUUGAAUGAGGCAAAUAUGACACUCUUUCCAUGGAAAAGCGAAAUGGUCAUGGUACAGAGGGGAUCUGCCUUAUUAAUACAUUAACAAUCUGGAACAAUGUACACUUCCAUAGCAAUGAUAAUGGAUAAAUUUGGACUAUUCACACAUACUUUUGAAGAUGUUAAAGGGUGCAAUCCGCUGAAACGAAAUGCUAUUGAUAAUAUUUUGAGUAAAACCAUUUUAUUUUAUUCUACCAUGUUCUCAGAAAACUUCUGAAGCUAACUUCUGAAGAGAAUCAUAAAUCAUUCCUCUUAAGUGCCUUCCUCUGUAGACGGUGACAAUAAUGCUGUUUUCAAUCGUUUAAUGCUGUAGCAGUUAAUUGGAAUAUGCAGAACAAUUUUUCUAAUUCACAUCUAAUUCAUCGCUCUUAAACCAGGUCAAGAUUAGAAAAUAACAGGUGUUUGAGAGGAAUGAUAAUGUUCUGCGCUCACUGUUUUGGUCACGCAUAUCUAAUAUUAUAUAUUUUACUGUAAAUAGACAUGUAGUUGUUCAUUGUUUUGUUUUUUUUCUUUUUCAUUGACAUAGAUAUUCUAUUAUGUAUUAGUGCCUAAAUGUAGAAUGAAAUAAUGUUUCAGGAGGACAGAGCACUAGUGUUAAUUCAGCAGAUGGAAUUGGAAAUUCAUAAUUUCACUAGACAUGUGCGAUAUAUUAUUGAUUUAUAUAGUAAGUUAGAAAGCGAGGUAUAGCCUACAUUAUGGGUCACACAGCCCAAUGUCCCUGCAUAUGUCACUGUGAGGGAAAAUUUGUGGUUUUGAGAGAAAAAAGAAAAGAAAGCAGGGAUAGCUGUACCAAAUACUGACUGCCAAAAGAGCAUUUUCUCCAAUUCCAGUAUUAUUCUGCUCCCAGUUCUCUUUCUUUUGUUUAUUUUGUUUAUAACUAUUGAAAAAGAUUUCUUGGAAGCUGAGUUCAGAUGUUUUUCACACAUUUUAGUUUCUGUGGAGUUUGUGGUUGUUUUGGAGACAGCUGGAAUUUGAAGUGAAACAUAUUUCAUUUACUGAAUUCAUGUAAUGUCCCGAUGGUUUGGGACCGGUGCAAAUCCUGUGUGAAUUCUUGAACAGUAUGCUUGUGAUUAAUAAAACUCACUUCUUAAAUUCA